GAUAUAAAAGUUAUUACUGUCAACGUUAUUGGUAGAGGAUACGCAACGUUGUCUUCUAUAACUCCCAAUAUCGUUAUCAUUAUUCGAAGAGGGAUACAAGAUAUCCUGUAUGCAAGUUAACUGACUAUAUUUAAAAAAAAAAAAUCCGUAUUGUGGUGAGACAUUCAAAUAUUGCAAUGGAUGCCGGUACGAACUACUCUUCGUAUUACGAAUGGACUUCCUCAUGGAGUACAUGGAAUUUUUCUUCGUAUGAAUGGACGUCGUGGGCUGAACGUAAUAACAUAUCCCAAUACGAGUAUGAGCAUGACGAUGAAUCAUGGAACUUGCCGGCCGGCGAGCACGACUUCAACUACGACAAUGCUCUUAACUAUAUGGUCGGGAUCACGGCCAUUGUUGGCGUUGUUGUGACCAGCAUCACCUCUCUUAUGAUCGCCUGUCAUCGUCGAAUUCGAAACAAACGAUUCAUUUUUGCCUUCAACAUCAUUCUGGCCGAUUUUCUUGUUGAUACCGUCGUCUCGCUCCACUAUGUAGUCAUCAAAUUGCUUGCUGAUGGGCGUUCGGAUGGCUUGUUUCGUGCAGUGAAGUUCUUAAUGCCUGUCCUCUUCCAGAGUUCUAAUUUGGUGUCUACUGCUAAUGUUCUUCUUGUGGCCGUGGAUCAAUUCAUUGCCUUCAAAAUCGAUCCAUUUGGCACGAAGAACCUCCUCACCACCUCCCGACGUGUCGUCAUAUCUUUCUCAGUUUGGGCAGUAAUGAUCGGGCUGUCUGUUUUAAGUCAUCGGAUGCUACAAACUAGGAUGGAUCUCGUGCGAAUUUGCUCAUGCAAUUUUUUCAUAAUUGUCACCGGUGUGUGCUAUGCCCUGGUAUACAGAACAAUUGCAAAAACGCCUCUUACGUCGGGCGGGAGUCAGCUUCAGGAACGAAAGAAGAAGACAAAACGAGUCAUGCGCAUCUACAGUCUAAUACUGCUCGCUAGUCUGAUUCUUUAUACUAUUCCAGAUGUCAUAAUGGUCAUCAUGUACAAUGUUGGAGUUUCUUACAACACGAUACUAUGGAUUCAGUUCAGCCGGCUUAUUCCGCUCACUGUAAACACGCUCGUGAACGCGUCUAUUUACUGGUGGCGGAUGAUUGACAUUCGUGACAUAUUCACGUGUACAUCCACCAAUCACGUGUAAAUAAGCGUGAAUAAGCCAGUUUCGUUGUUCCACUCUGCGCAUGAUCAGAAGAUUCUGCGCAUAAUCAGAGGAAGGCCACUGGCACUAAAGUGACAUGAUGGAAUACAAUUUAAUGAGAUAACAACCAACUUUGAUGUCUUGAUUAUUUAUAUAUUCUUUUGAAUUGUGUUUUUCAUUUACAUCCACAAAAAACAACAAUGCGUCCACGAACGACUGGUAUUUCACAGUUUGCCAAGUGCAUUGUACAGAGUGCUAUAAUAAUGCAAUAUUGACUGGCCUCGGGGCGAUACGACUUAUAUUGCCCAAACUAGAUUUAUAUCGUCCGAGUCGUAGACGAGGGUGAUAUCAAUUUAGUGAGGGCGAUAUUUUUCAUAGUGCAUUUACCAUUGUUUUCGGAUCUAGCGCAGCAAGAAAAGAAAAACAUCGCGCAUUUUGCUCUACAUGAUCAGAUCCUAUGAAGCGACGAACAUCCUAACGAAUAGGGAGUAUUCACUUCCACAAAGGAGUCAUGAACACGGUUAAUGUAAAGAAAAUGACCGUUAAAUGACAGCGCACAGCUCGGAGGUCUUUGUCUUAAUCUAAAUUCCUUUCAUGUGCUGACGAUAGUGUCUUGCUAUAUUCAGAUACAAAUUAUAAGACAAUUGAAGAAAAUCUAAAGCACAACUGGCAAAUGCAUCGAAUGGGUGACAGACAACGAGCUCAGUUUACAUGUUGGGAAAACAGAAAGCCUUUUAUUUUGUUCAAAAGCAAGGUGAAAAUAUACACACGAUUUCAGGUUUUCAUAUAAUAAUUAAGUAAUUGCGAAAAAAGAUAUUUUGUGCCUUGCUUAGAUUCAAUGUCUAUUCGACUAUGCUAAUGCGACUUGGUACGGUAGUAUGGGUGUGAUGGAUAAGAAAAAGGUAAAAAGAAUAAUUCAGAAUAAUAUUUUAAAAUUCAUAGAAACGUUUUAGACCCAAGAACACCCCUGUCUCGAUUAUCCAUUAAGUACGGUACUAGAAAAAAAUGUAUUACCAAAACGUGAAGGUCAUAUAGGGAACACUUUUUAUUACAAUGGUAUCCGAUUUUGGAAUUAUUUUCCUAAUCAAGUUAAAGCUGUUAACAAUUUUCCUCACUUAAAAGUUGACGAAAGAAAUAUUAUACCUGAAACUGGAAUCUACAUAAUUGGAGAACAGCAUUUACCAGUGAAAAACACACAUUUUGUACAUUUGGUUUUCAGUAUUAUAUACACAACAAAAAAAGUAAGUCCCCCCUAGAUCAAAUUGCUGUAACCUUUGAACGGAAUUAUUUUGAGAUAUGAUAUUCCGUAGGUGGUUUUCUACACUCAUUAAGCAACUCCUGGAGAAAAAUAGGAUUGAUCGGUUGAGUCAUGCAUUAGUAAUUAAAGAUUGAAUUAAAAAUGACCAUUUUCGAAAGUCACAAGAGUCGUUUUUCAGAUUGUGCGAAUACAAAGUUGGGCAAAUGUUGUCUUUAGGUGAAUUUUAUGGUGUUAUGGUGUUUUACUAUCGAUCAUUUAGCAACUCCACACACAAUUUUGAUAUCAUAUGUUCAUGGUUGAGUGAGCACAAUGUAUUGCAGGGGCCGCGGGGGGGGGGGCUGGGCAGGGAGCUUCAGUCCCCCCCCCCCCACUUUUUUCCAAAAGCAUGUACAAAAAUGUAAAAAUGACCAUACGAUUGUGAUUUUUUGCAUGGUCAGCCCCCCCCCCCCCACUUUGAAAACCCCUUCCCCGGCCCCUGUAUUGUGACGUAUCAUCAUAGGGGUUUAUGGUAGUAUCCUCUACAACUUGUUAGAUCAUGUUAAAAUUUGAAAAUGUUGGUGGCUCCCCCGAUUAUAGGCCCCUCCCCCAUUUUAAAAUUCUGGACCCACCACUGAUUUGUCCAUGAAUUAAACUGAUCAUGAGAAAUUGUUAGGAAAAUAUUACAUUUAUGCAGUAUAAAGAGUCUUCAUUCCUAAGUUUUCGAAUGUGCUCGCUCAACCAUGAAAAUGAUUAAAGUUCGGAAAAUGUGUGGUGAUAGAAAUGAUGGAUGAUAAAAACAAUAGCAAUUAAAGUCUUAUUUGAAACCGAAUUUGCCCCCAAUAUUCACUUUAUUACCCUUUAAAAUGAGUCUGUGACAUUGAAAAUACAAAUUUUCCCACUUUGAUGCGCGCUCACUCAUCCAUAAAUAAACAAAUUGAUUUCAUUUUUGCACAGAAUUCUGCCCAUAGGUUGAUAAACAUUACUGCCAAAUGACAUUGCUAAAGACAGCCGUGAAAAAAGUUCCACCAUAUUGAAUAAGGGGUUACUUAUUCUUAAACAUGUGCACCCAUAAUGUACACAAGUCUAUGAGAGAUAAAGUCAAAAUUUUAACAAAUAUGAAAUGAGGGUUUGUUUCAUGGACGGUUUUUGUUACUUCUGCCAAUAGUUAUUUCAUGAAACUUCGUACAUGGCUUCAGAGUAACACUAUCCAAAAGGCGCGCACACCAAUAUAACCAUUCGAUACGACACAGAGUGGGGCCAAGGCCUUGAACUUUUUUCAUUUGCAUAAUUUUCGAAUAUUGUGUGCUCACUGAUGCAUUAAACAUCGGGAUUUUCAUAAAAAUCAAAUCGAAUGAACUAUGCAAGGAGGUUUGUGACAGAUAUCCAUAGUAACAAAUUGCAUUUUUUCCAAUAACGUAAAAAAGAGCUAAUCGCAUUCCACAUGUUCAUUCAAGCGUGGAUAUUUAAUUAAACGCCUUUGAAUCAUUGAAGCAUGUUAAUUGGUCAUGAACAUAACGAAAAAGUUGAGAAAAGAUCAUUUUCAGCUCCCAAAAUGAACCAAUACUUGCCUAUGAUAUUUAAAAAACGUAUUUUUUGUUUUCAAUAAAUGUUCAUUGAACCAUGAAACGAUGAAUAUUGUUGAAGAAACUCUUCCAAAAAUAACUGUCAUCAUAUUCUAUCAUUUUUAUUGAUAUAAAUGUGUAAAAAAUCCAAUUAUAGCAAAUUUAGCCAAAAAAGUUGUAUUGUCUUUUAGAGAGUACCUUUUACAAGCCUUCUGACUAUUUUUUAUGAUGAGAAUGUGGAAUAAGUUCCAAUAAAAUGGAAUCAAAGUCAUGAUAUUUGGCUUGUGACUUUUGAAAAGUGAAAUUUUUGCCUUCUGACGGUGCUCACUGAAGCAUGAAGUGAAAUACGUCCAUAACGUUUACUCAGAGGGUAGCUUACAAAGAUAAACUGAACUGUUUCUGAGAUUUAAUUAAAGGACAAGUCCACCCCACCAAAAGUUAAUUUUAAUGAAAUUAGAAAAAUCCAACCAGCAAAACACUGAAAAUUUCAUCAAAAUCGGAUGUAAAAUAAAAGUUAUAACAUUUUAAAGUUUUGCUUAAUUUCACAACAGUGAUAUACACAUCCUGGAUAGUAUGCGAAUUGACAGACUGAUAACGUCACCCACUCACUAUUUCUUUUGUAUUUUAUCAUAUGAAAUAUGAAAAAUUCUAAUUUUCUCCCCAUUGUCUUGUGAAAUUAAAUUUUAUUACUCCCUGAACAUGUGGAAUUACCAUUAUUUUAACAGUUUAUGGUUAAGUCAAGUUGGUCCUUAUUGUCAAAUCUUUAAAAAUUGAAAUAUUGUAUAGUUCAAACAAUAAAAAAAAAGAAAUAGUGAGUGAUGGACAUCAUCGACUAUCUCAUUUGCAUAUCGCCGAGUUGUGCGUUUAACUGUUUUGUGAAAAAUAAGCGAAACUUAAAAACGUCAUAACUUUCUUAUUUUACAUCCGAUUUUGAUGAAAUUUGCAGCGUUAUGUUUGUUUUAUUUGUCUCUAUCGAUUCAAAUCAACAAUUUUCUGUGGUGGACUUGGCCUUUAAUUGCAUGUAUGUGGGGGUAUAUUAAACAGUUAUCAGUAUUGACGGGCCUUGAAAAGGGUAACUAAAAACGUCCCGUUAUCCAUUCAUGAUUAAAGUAAUACUACUGUAUAAUAAAGCUGUAUAGAUUUCCGUUCUU